GUGGGAGCGGUAAUAAGGGACGACCGGAAGUAGUGGUAUUUGUAGCUUGUUUUCUUGAGUGUUAGGUUUGUUGGUGUCGGUGGUUGAGACAACAGGAAAGAUGGGGAAGAGACAGCAUCAGAAGGAUAAGAUGUACAUCACCUGUGCAGAGUACACCAACUUCUACGGAGGAAAGAAAGCAGAUAUUCCGAAGUCAAACUUCAGACGCUUACCAUUUGAUCACUGCAGUUUGUCUUUACAGCCCUUUGAGUAUCCUGUGUGCACCCCGGAUGGAAUUGUGUUUGAUUUGCUAAGCAUUGUUCCAUGGAUAAAGAAAUUUGGCACUAACCCCAGCACAGGAGAGAAACUGGAAGCCAAAGCCCUUAUUAAGCUGAACUUUGCCAAGAAUCAGGAAGGGAAGUAUCACUGCCCAGUGCUAUUCUCUGUAUUUACCAAUAAUUCCCACAUUGUGGCCAUUAGCAAGACAGGAAAUGUCUUCUGCCAUGAGGCUGUAGAACAAUUAAAUAUUAAAGCGAAGAGUUACAAAGACCUACUGACUGAUGAACCUUUCACCCGCCAAGACAUUAUAACUCUACAGGAUCCUUCAAAGCUGGAAAAUUUAUGUGUCAGAUUCUUUCAUGUCAAAAACAACCUGAAAGUCAUAGACCCCGAGGAAGAGAAGGCUCGCCGGGACCCAUCCUACCACCUGAAAAAUGCCAACAUGGAAACAAAGGAGACACUUAGUGAACUGUACAAGGAAUUCAAAGGAGAUGAAAUGCUGGCGGCCACCAUGAAAGGUCCAGAGAAAAAGGCAACCGAUAAAUUAAAUGCGGCGCAUUACUCUACAGGGGCGGUGAGUGCAUCGUUUACCUCCACUGCAAUGACUCCAGAGACCACCCAUGAGGCUGCCGCCAUUGCAGAGGAUACGGUCCGUUAUCAAUAUGUAAAAAAGAAGGGCUAUGUUCGUCUUCACACCAACAAGGGUGACCUCAAUCUGGAGCUUUACUGUGACAAAACUCCAAAGACUUGCGAGAAUUUUGUCAAGCUGUGCAAGAAAAAUUACUAUGAUGGGACUAUCUUCCACCGCUCCAUUAGGAACUUUGUGAUCCAAGGAGGAGACCCUACAGGCACAGGAUUAGGUGGUGAAUCCUGCUGGGGAAAGCCUUUUAAAGAUGAGUUUAAGCCAAACUUAAGUCACACAGGUCGCGGAGUUCUUAGCAUGGCAAAUACUGGACCUAACACCAACAAGUCCCAAUUCUUUAUAACGUUCCGCUCCUGUACAUAUCUAGACAAAAAACACACAGUGUUUGGACGAGUUGUUGGAGGAUUUGAUACCAUUACUGCCAUGGAAAAAGUGGACACGGACCCGAAGACUGACAGGCCAAAGGAGGACAUCCGAAUAGAAAGCACAGUGGUUUUUGUGGACCCAUACGAGGAGGCAGAUGCUCAGGUCGCUUUAGAGAGAGAGAAGGCUCAGAAAGAGAAGGAAGAACAAGAAAUGAAGGAACGGCCGGUGCUGCCUAAAAAAGAGCAAGCACAAGAGCCCAAAACCUACAGGACAGGGGUCGGAAAGUAUAUCAACAUGACUGCAGCGAAACGUGCUGCUGAGGAGGAUGGCAGUGGAGCCUCUACCAGCAAAAAAGAGAGAGUGACUCGUGGCUUUGGAGAUUUCAGCUCUUGGUAGAAACUUUAGGGCAGCACCGCCAUGAACUGCGGAUCACAUGUUCCCCCUUCUGUGACACAUUUGACAGGCAGGCGCUUCUAUGACGUACAGAGCUGUAUUUUCUCAGUCUGUAGCUGGGAUUUAUUCACUUGUGUUUUGUUAAGGGACCACUAACCAAGAGCUGUUUAUUUCCUCCCGAUCCAAGAAAACAUUGAUGAGAAGAGAACAUACUGCACGAGCCACUAAGAAGAAGAACUUGUCAUUGUACCUUUCAACCAAUUUUUCAUUGGUCCUCUUAAAUGGAUUAUGAAUUUUUAGCCUUU